GAUGUAUGCUUCGCGACGUCAGAGACUCAAACAAGUAUUUUGCUAUCGGAAAAUCUACCAAUUGAGAUAUAUCGUCAAGUUUGCGAGAGCUUCAAAUACAGCGUCUUUACUGUAAGAAGGAAAGACCGCGGCUUUGUUCGACUCGAAUCGCUGGCGGAAAUUAUACUCAAACACUACGAUCAUUAUCUAAAAACACAAGGAAAGCCGAACGCAGUUGUGAUGUACGUAGAGCGGAUGGAUGAUCUCGAAUCAAUAUUGAACAACAUGAAGUUCUCCGCGUGGAGAACUUGGAAGAACAGGAUACGUUACCUCAUCAUUGUGCCAAGGACCUUGUGCAACGCGGAAAACGCUGAUCAAAUGUUCAGAGUUAUUUGGAGCUACUGGAUCCUUAACGCGAUAAUACUUUGCUCCUCCGAUCAUACUAAAGAUUUGACCAAAAACGAAUUGUACACUUACAAUCCGUACUCAUCGGAUCACUCGCAACUGUGGAAAACGGUUAUUCAAGAAACUGUUCAAGUUUUUACACAGCCAAAAAAUUUCAGUCACUCCUGGCACGUCUUCAGGGAAGACUUAAUCGACAUCAAGUCUCCGAAAGACUGCGAUAGCUUGUUUUUCGACAAAACUCUGAACCUCGACAAUUACCUUUUACCAAUAAACAUGUUCGUGAUUCGUCCUGACCUAUACGUCGAUCAGAAGAAAUCUGGCGUAGAGAAAUAUACGGGGCUGCAUGGUUUGACUCUUCAGACACUCGCGAAAAAGUUGAGAUUCAACGUGGAUGAGACUUGCAACGACGACAUUGACACGCACGGACAAUUAAUUCAAAACGGCUCGUACACCGGGGAAUUGAAAAAUGCGUUUUACGGACUGUCGAACAUACUAACCGGCACUCAUCUGAUGGCGGAUUUCCCUGGUCUGGAAGUGACCUAUCCUUUCAUAACGAGUGGAGCGUGUCUUGCAACUCGUUUGGGUGACCCAUACCCCCUGUGGACAAACAUUUUUGUCGCUAAAGAGAUAUGGAUCGGACUUGGGCUCAUCACGCUACUCGUGACGGUCGUUCUCUACCUGCGUAACAAAUCGCUGGGUAUGAUAGCUGCGUUUCUGGACGCGGAGCGAUUUGUUGUUGGUAAUUCAAUAAUCCGAUUGCCAAAGUCUAUCAAAUACAGAUUCGUUUUUGGAUCGAUAUUUCUCGCCUUCGUGGUUCUCGACGGAAUCUUCAAGGGUCGUUUCGUAUCAACUUUGGCAAGCGAUCGCCGAUAUCCAACUCUAGAUACUCUCGAGCAGGUCAAGGAGCAGGAGGUUCAUCUCUACGGUUACGGGACUUUGAUAAAUUGGAUCGACGAUCCCGUUUUGAAAAGACGUUUCCACGGCAUCGUUUCCGAAAAGUGUCUUGAAAUGAUAGCACUUGAUGGUAAACAGCGAGCCUGUUUAGGUCAUUGCUUGACAUUACCAUUAGUGAUGCCUAACUCCUCGAUGAAGAUUCACACAGCUGUAAUUCCGAUCAUAGAAAAUUACGCAGUCUUCAUCUCGACGCUAAAUUGGCCCAUGAUGGACCGUUGGAACUUUGAAAUUCAGAAACUGGCCGAGGCUGGUUUCAUGAAGAAAUGGCAUUCAGACGUUUUAUUGGAAAUAGAAAUAAAAUCAUGGAAAACGAAGAGGGCGGCUGAUCAGCAGUACUCCAAAACAAUCCAGUUUGACAGUUUGCUCUCAGCUUUCAUAAUAUUACUUUUUGGCCUUGUGACUGCUCUCCUCACUUUCGUCUGGGAGAUACGAGAACGAGGAAGAUGAAGUGACCGUAGAGUUUCAGCAGCUGAUAUUAUAUAACAAUAAAUACUCGCAGGGAAGUUUAAAAAUUUCUGACACACUCUAAAGUUUCAUUUAGAAUUGGGCUGUAUAAAUAUAAAUUUGUUUGGUGAAUAAUAUUGUAUUUUGACCGUAUGUUGUAGAUUUUGUAUCGGAUAGCUUACUGUAAGUCAAAUUUUUCACAGUAUCGAUGGCUCGAUGCUUUAUUUUUGCGGUAAUGGGAAAUGAAUAUUAAUACAUAAACUUAGUUUUCUUAGAUUCUUAGAGCUAUCCCAUCUUUCUCAAUACUUCUUACAGGAAAUUCAUUCAGUAAAUAGUUAUUGUACAUACAUAACAUCAUAUAAUCUGAUUUCAAUAAAAAGAUGUAGCAAGACAUCAACUUUUCUCUCGUAUUUUCUUCGUAUUCUCU